UCGUUAGUUUGAAUUUACACUUAUCGCAAGGAUAACAGAAAAAAAUACUACAAUGGCUCGUACCAAGCAGACCGCUCGUAAGUCCACCGGAGGAAAGGCUCCUCGUAAGCAGCUGGCUACGAAAGCCGCUCGCAAGAGUGCACCAGCCACCGGAGGCGUUAAGAAGCCACAUCGUUACCGACCAGGAACCGUCGCUCUGCGUGAAAUCCGUCGUUACCAAAAAUCCACGGAAUUGUUGAUCCGAAAAUUACCAUUCCAGCGUUUGGUUCGUGAAAUUGCUCAGGACUUCAAAACCGAUCUGCGUUUCCAGAGCUCGGCCGUGAUGGCCCUGCAGGAAGCCAGCGAGGCUUAUUUGGUUGGUCUGUUCGAAGAUACCAAUCUGUGUGCCAUCCACGCCAAGCGAGUGACCAUCAUGCCGAAGGAUAUUCAGUUGGCACGCCGCAUCCGCGGAGAACGCGCCUAAAUUCAACAUUCAACUGACAUCAAACAUAUCAACGGUCCUUUUCAGGACCACUACAAAAUUUCAAACGAGUUCUACUGGAAAUUUUCGUAUCGUAGGUGAUUGAUUAAAAUCGACGAAUUUGGUACCUGGGUAUUUAAGGACUGUA